AGACUUCCUAGUUCCUGGUUUUGCAACUAUUUACAUAAAAGAAAAAGUACAUAAGUGCUCAUCUUAGAGAUGUUUAACACUCCAAAUUCGAAGGCUGAAACUACUGGCUGGUACUGAAAUAGGUGACAGACUUCCAUAAUAGACCUGCAAGAAACUCUGAAUUUGUAGUUAUCCCUUCAUUAAUGAAGUGGCAGUCGCUUCAGAUCUUAAGUUUUUUCACAGAGAUACUAAACAUCACCAUGAAGUUGCUGAUUGUGUCUGCACUUUUUUGUGCAAUGAUGGCUCUGACCACUGCUGCUGCUCUGCCAGCUAAAGAGGCCAGCAAUGACACGGAGGUACUACUGCUCACAGCUCUUGAAGAUGAAGAGGCCGGAAGUGGAAUGGAUUCAGUAUUGUUUACAGGUGAACCUCAUGAUAUGAAGCCAAAAAAACAAUGCCCCAAUGGUUGGACAGAGUACUCCAACCUCUGUUUUAUCUAUGUUUUUCAUGCCAUGUCUUGGGCUCAGGCUCAGAGAAACUGUGACUUCAUGAAAGCAAACCUUGCAUCUGUACACACCUUUGAAGAGUACAAGUUUGUUCAGCACCUGAUAUUUAAUUCCACACAUGCAAGUCAACAGACAUGGCUUGGAGGCUCAGAUGCACAGGAGGUAUUUGAGUCAUCAUUGUACAAAUAUUUAUAG